CCCGUUUGGCUUUUCAUCAAUCUGCCGUUUCCUUUUUUCUCUGCUUGUUGUUUCUCUCCUCGCCCACGCCGUCCAGAGAUCCAGAACAAAGCGUCCUCGUUGUUGGGAGCGGCGCUCUCACAGGAAACCUGGACUGCUGGAUGUUUUCCAUUAAAAGCUCUGGGAAUAUUAUGAAAGCUCUUCUGUAAUGAGCAGCAGAGUUCAGUCCCUGGCUGCCGAUGCUGUUGGAGUCGCAGAGAGGAGGCAGAAACCGCUUUCAGGAACAUCAGGGCAGCUGCCUGGCAGAACCUUCUGCUGGUCUCUGGUUCUGCAGAACCCGACCGAGCCCAAUGCUCAGACAGAUGGAGAACGGCUUAACGGGGCCCCUGAAUUCACCUUCCUGUUUCUCCUCCCCAACAGAGAUGGAGUAGAAUCCAUACAAAAUGGCUUCCAUCCAGCUAAGAUGAGGAUUCACCGGGACGACGGACCACACCUGUACCCGAGGGCUUCAGAAGCUCCGGCCGACAUGAGGAGGAGAAGAUACCGGGUCGACACGCCACCAUCUGCCGCCCAAACCGAGAACCAGCAGCUAUCCAGAAAUAAAGGGGCACCUCGCUCUCCAAACGAGGAUUUCAGCAAGAGAUGCCAGAGACAUGGAAGUGACCUGUGGAUCACAGGAAGUGACCUGUGGAUCACAGGAAGUGACCUGUGGAUCACAAGAAGUGACCUGUGGAUCACAGGAAGUGACCUGUGGAUCACAGGAAGUGACCUGUGGAUCACAAGAAGUGACCUGUGGAUCACAGGAAAAAAACAACAACUGGCGUUCGGUCGCAUGGUAACGAAGGACAUGGCGCCUGCAGGCGGGGCGCCAUACCCCCCACCGCCAGCGGGCGGCACCCUGCCGCAGAGCCGAGUCGGCCGGGGGAAACGAGGCAACGAAGGUUAG